CGAUAAGCAGGAUCAUUCCAGCAGCUCGGAGUCUUCUUCUCAACAGCAAGCUCCUUGAACGCGAAAAUAACUGGAGAGACUACGGCUUUUUCAAGUGCUCCAGUCAUGUCCACUCAGCCGCUCUCGCGAUGGUAAGGCCACUAUCUCGACUUAUUUACCACAAAGCUAACUUUCUAAAGGACUUAUCUAGACAAUAUCCGUCGAACUCCUGGGCCAUUCACUGACGAGGAUUUCAAUGGCAGUGAGGAGGCAACUGCAUUUCUUGACGGGUUGAAGAUCCUGUAAGUCAAAUAUUUUGAUGAGGGACAUAAAUACAGUUACUGACACUUUUGUAGGGUAAUGUUGGCUGCCUAGGAAAUUCGCCAAACGGAGCUCAGAGUGCUAAUAAGAAACAGAGGCGCAGGAGGGCUGGGUUGUGAAAUCUUGAAGAAUUUGGCACUAUCAGGAUUCAAGAUGAUACAUGUGAUUGAUAUGGGUAUUUUUAUGGUCAUCACAUUCCCUUGGAGCAUUCAGACUAAGCUCUUGUAGAUACAAUCGAUGUCUCGAAUUUAAAUCGACAAUUUCUUUUCCGCCACAGCGAUGUUGGUAAAUCCAAAGCCGAAGUUGCAGCAAAAUUCGUGGAGAGACGAGUAAAGGGAGUCACAAUCGUACCGCACAAUUGCAAGAUUCAAGACAAGGAUGAGGCAUUCUAUAUGCAGUUCAGUAUUGUAGUAUGUGGUCUGGAUAGUAUUGAAGCUCGGCGAUGGAUCAAUUCUACUUUGGUAGAAAUGGUAGAUAUGGACAAUCCGGAAAGUUUGAAGCCAUUGAUAGAUGGAGGCACCGAAGGUAUUGGAGACAUUCCAGCCACUACAAGCAAAGAUUCUAAUGAUAUUAUUAGGUUUCAAAGGCCAAUCUCGUGUCAUUCUUCCAACUAUGACCUCAUGUAUUGAAUGUCAACUAGAUAUGCAUGCGCCAAGAGCCGCAGUUCCUCUCUGUACUCUCGCAACUAUUCCCCGCCAACCGGAGCAUUGCAUCGAAUGGGCGCAUAUCAUGGCAUGGGAGCAAGAGAAGCCAUUUCCAAAGCUAGAUAAUGAUGAUCCUGAACAUAUUACCUGGCUCUAUAAAAAGGCUUUGACGAGAGCUCAAGAGUUUAAUAUCCCAGGUGUUACAUAUUCUCUGACUCAAGGUGUUGUCAAAAAUAUUAUUCCGGCAAUUGCUUCGACCAAUGCUAUUAUUGCAGCCAGCUGCUGUAAUGAAGCCUUCAAGAUUGCGAGCAGCACAAACCCUGCUCUUGGGAUGGAAGAAAACUAUAUGAUGUACAGUGGAAACGACAGUAUUUACACAUACACCUUUAAACACGAGAAAAAAGACGAUUGUCCUGUGUGCGGGAAUUUGGCGAGGGAUUUGAGCAUCGACCCAAAUUUGACUCUCCAAGAGUUCAUUGAUUCUCUUGCUCACAGACCAGAAGCCCAACUCAAGAAACCGUCAAUUCGUUCGGCGGACAACAAAUCUCUGUACAUGCAGAGCCCAGAGAGCUUGCGUGUGAAGACCGAGCAUAAUUUAACGAGGAAGAUGGGAGAGAUGACUGGAGAUGGAGAUGAGAUUGCGGUGACGGAUCCAUCAUUAGGUUCAGUGAUGUUCAAAUACAGACUAAACUUCUCAAGGCCAUUUGAAAAUGUUGCCGGGAAAGAGAAUGGAUCAGAUUAGGUGGGCAGGAUAGGAAUAACGACGAACGAAUGAUGAGCAAAAUGAGGUAGAAUUAGCGGGAUCAUGGCAAAAGGGUUUCGCAUAGUUUGCGUAGCUACUCAUAACUGGAUUAUGAGAAAUGAUAUCAUUUAAGUAGCGUCGAUUU